AAUACUCAGUGUGGCCGGCAUUGGCUGUGGAACAACACGCGGCGGCUGCGCGCAUUGUUUGCGGGUACCACACACUCGGAGCGCUCACUCUGUGCCGCGACACGCUGGGCGCCACACUAUGUGCUAACGUGCUACACUCGCUCCCUACUUUACCAGUGACAACACCACACAUUGUUUACGCCAGUGAAGCAGAGAGUGCGGACGUAGCGGAGCGGCAGCUACCAUCAGUGUGACACAGACUGACGAUGUCGUCGAAGCGCAAGUCGCUGCCGACGAAGGUGCUCGAUUCCUACAGCGACGCCAGUGAGAUGCUGGUGGAGGACGCGCCUCCUCUCGUCUCCACGACCGCUGGCGACUCCGACAACUCCGCCGGCGGCUCAGAGUUCAGCUACGGCGGCUGCGACGAAGGGACCGUCGGCAUGUCCCCCGCGAGGUGGUCCGACUCCGAGGUGGCGUCGGGCGACGCCAAGAGAAGCCGUCGGGAGAGCUCCGCCGACUCCGACGACCUCACGCAGCACCUGCACCCCUUCGCCAACCCCUACUUCCAGGCCCGCCUCCAGGAGGCCAGGCUCAGGCAGGAACACGACAGGCUGCUCCAGGAGGCGGCGGCUGCCAGACAGCACGAACAACAGCAACAGUUGCAUCAUCUUCAACAGCAGCAGCAACAGCAGCAACAACAGCAACAACAACAGCAACUUCAACAACAACAACAGCAGCAGCAACAGCAUCUCCAGCAACAGCAGCAGCAUCUGCAGCAACAGCAGCAGCAGCAACAGCAGCAGCAGCCGCAGCAGCAAGGACGGAACUCCCUGUCCCCCCUGUCGGAGGCGGAGCGAGGAGGCAUGCUGGCCAGCGCCGCCAGGAAGUCCAUGGACGACGUGCUGAAGCGCCUCACCUCCAAGAUGAGCCACAGCACGAUCGACGACGCCGAGCGAGCCAAACGAGAACGAGAAAGCAGCAAGCCCCCUGAGGGCCGCACCGCGCCCCCCAGCCCCCCCUCCUCCACCGUGCCCAGCGGCGUGCCCCCCCUGGGCGACCAGCUGGCCUCCAUGUCCCAGCUGCUGAGCGCCGACCCCGAGGCCCUCCAGAGCCAGGAGAAGCGCAUCACAGAGAUCAUCGCUCAGCUCCAGAAGCUUCGCGACUCGAUCCGGCAGCACCAGCCUCAGGAGCCACAGCACGAGAAGGUGGCCAGUGAGCAGGAGGCGGCACUGCAGACGCAGCAGGAGGCUCUCAGGAGGCACCAGGAAACCUUGCAACUUCUGCAACAUCACAACACACUCAAGACACUACAGAACCAGCUGUACGGGCAGUAUGGCGCCAACAAGGGCCUGGGCGGACUCCAGCACCCUCACAACCUCAUGUUCCUACCGCUGCUGGAGGGGCUGCGAGGCACCACCCACACCGCCCCUCCUGCGCCGCCCGCCGCGCCCGUGCUGCCGCCCAUUUCGCCGCCCCACGAGGCCACGUUCACCAAGAUUCCACCGGUGUCUGUUGCGGCUUCGGUGCCAGCGUGGAUGUCCGCGUCCGCCCAGUUGGCGCAGCUCUCGCAGAACUCCGCAGCCCACACUGCCCACACGCCCGCACAGACGCCCACGCCCUCUUCGCACGAGCACCAAGAGGAGAAGCCCCUCAACCUCACCAAGCCCAAAGACGCCAGCCCGAAGCCCAGCGACAUGAGCGCCCUCUCUCCGAAGGCCCCGGGGCUGCCGCCCUCCCUCGUGCCACACUCCUUCCUACCCUACAUGACCCCGCCCUUCCCCGGCCUCCCCGACCACAAGGACAUUCUCGGGGGCCUCGGCCAGAGCCUGGGCCAGGGACUGGGCCAAGGCCUCGGCUCCCUGCCGUCGCCCACCAUGGCGGGCGCCCUGCCUGGCAAGCACUACCCCCCACCUGCCUUCCCCCCCAUGUACCUGCCGCCUUCCUCCAUACCCUCCUCCCUCCCUCCUCAUCUUACUUCCAUGGGCGGCCUGAGCCUCCCCUCGGCCACGCCCCUCACCUCGCUCACCUCCCUGGGCGGCACCAUGGGCGGGAUCACCUCCGUCACCACGUCCUCGUCCCACACGGCACAGGAGAAGAAGGAGGAGGAAUACGUCACCACUUGCCAGAAUUUUAACAGUCUCCAAAUGUAUCUCGGAGACUCUCAAGAAGACGACACUAAUCGUCAACCUCCUCCCCCCCAAGCAGCCAAGAUGUUCGGCGCCAAGAUCAUCCGACAGACUCGCAAGGACGGGGAUAACAAGCCGCACGUCAAGCGCCCUAUGAACGCCUUCAUGGUAUGGGCCAGGGACGAGAGACGCAAGAUCCUCAAGGCUUGCCCUGACAUGCACAACUCCAGUAUCUCCAAGAUCUUAGGAUCCAGAUGGAAAGCCAUGUCCAACUCGGAGAAGCAGCCUUACUACGAGGAGCAGUCCCGCCUCUCCAAGCUGCACAUGGAGAAGCACCCCGACUACCGCUACCGGCCGCGCCCGAAGCGCACCUGCAUCGUAGACGGGAAGAAGAUGCGCAUCUCUGAGUACAAAGCCCUCAUGCGGCAGAAGCGGGACGAGAUGAGAACGAUGUACUUCCGAGACAACGGACUCACCGACCUUGCCAAGCUCCUGCCGCCGGGCGCCGAGCCCCUCAAGGGAGACUACAUUAAGACAGGCCUCUUCAAGGAUGAGAUGCUGAAGAAGGACCUGCUCAGCGCCGACCUCUUAAGCGCUGACUCUCACGGAGACCCUCCCUCCAGCCGCGCCAGCAGCGACCUGCCCUCCGUCAUGACUCCCACUUCUGAAUUCAGCCUCGACGGCUCGGCCUCGCCCUCGCCCGGAGCUCCUGCGUCCUCGACAUCUGACCUCGAGGAUCACAUGGACGAGUCGGACUACAUCUCGCCGACUGACAUCGCGAGACACCAGGACGGGGACGACAACCAGACGCCACUCACCAUAGAUGAGCGGUUGGCGUGAGACAUCUCGCCCUCACGCCUGCGACACCUAAACACGCCCACCAACGCGCCCACGAUGCCACGCGCAGUUCCCUAGCAGCGGGCCCUUGAUCCUCGCCCCUGGCCCCCUUCAGCCCCUUACCGAGCGCCGUUUCCCCGUACCUCAUGCCCCACACAGCAAUACCUUCCUUUGAGACCUGGCGAGGGCGGCUGUUGUGUGUCACGCCCACGCGCCCUCUCACACACGCCCAAAGACGAGGCCCUCGCGCUCGAAAGCACAAAUGUCAGCAGGGAGGAGGAGGACCCGGCCAGGAGGACCCCGGCCCACGACCUGCGUUAUUGAUUGUACGCAGACCGGAACGUAAUCCGUUUGUCUUUUGAGGAAGUGAAAUCGUGCGGAUUCUGUCGGAAGAGUUCCAAGUCAGAAGUGUUAAUAUAUACAUAUAUAGAGAGAAUAUAUAUAAUCUCAAUGGACCUUUCUUUUGAAUGUAACAUAUGACAAGGGACUUGUACAGUUUUGUGAGAUUUUUUGUGUUUGCAGUGUAUUUAUUGGGGGGAGAAGGACGUCCCCCCGUUUUCUUUGCAAAACACCACACUGAUCUUGAGCGCCGAAUCUCCGACGAAAAACGAAGCCAACAUUUUUGAACAUUCAGAAUUAACGACGCUUAAAUGUUCUACUGCGCACCGAUUCAUGGAUAGUCGGUAUAUCCUUUUGUUGGUAUCUAUCGACUGUGUUUUUUGUAUCCUUCAUGAAAGGAUUUGUGACAGGUAUAUAUAUUCGAGAAGUGAUAUCUGUUUAUAGAUUUCUUUUAUGAUAUAUUUUUUCCUUCUUUUACGGACGACUUUAAAACUCUUGAGUCUGGUGAGUUUGUUCCUAGUACAUUUUGUUUUGUACGACAAAAGUGUUCUUUGGUGACUGGUAUCUGUACUGAUCGUGGAUCUAUAGACAGGUGACGGUUUAUAGAUAUCCGGAAUCGUGAUGUGGCUCGAAGGAGGAGGUGUAUAUUAUAUAUAAGUUUAGAAUAUACCACGAAAGAGCUUUAAAAAAUCUGUGGCAGCGGUUUGGAUCUUUAAUUUCUUUCUCUGGUUCGAUGGCAGAACGGACGAUAGUGUCUCUCUCCCAUGUGGCCGCAGUGCAUUAAGGGUCAUAUUUUCUGUGUUUUAUAUAGGAAAUAGACUCAUUCUGCAAGACUGAUGAGGUUCGAGUUCAGUGUCGCCUUGUCCUGCCACCACUUGCUCUGACCUGUGCUUUAGCUCACACGAGUGAUGCCAACCACUCAAGUGCUCGUUACUCAAGUGAAAGUUUUAGAAUUCCAAGAUCUUACUUAUGACUUGGCCGUCUGUGUGUCACUGUCUAGCAAGCACGUGUGUAAUGUGACGUCACGGCGUUCGCUUGUAUAUAUUGAAAUGCGACCUGACGAUUGGCCAAUGCCAUGAUACCGCCAGUGACGUCAUGCUGACGUGGAUACGCGUUGGCCUUGCGAGGCAGCCGACCCAGAUGGGCCGAUGGACGAGAUCCUGCAUUCUAAGUCAAUAUUUUUUUCUCCUGCAACAGUUUAUCAUAAUGAUAACAAUUAUAAAUACUAACAAUACUAAACAUUCGAACACGUCAAUGCCACUCUGAAACCUGUGCGAAAGGACCAGUGACUGAGGGAACGACACGGGCAUUUGUCCUCGCUUGUCCUGGCGGAGUUUUCUCGUAACCAAAGUUCUCAGUGUCCGGAAGUUGAAGACGGCUUGUUGGGCUGCUGUGAGGCCGGCCUCUUGGCCUCUUGUGGUAGGGUGACCCUUCGUUAAUACGUCCAGCGUGUAAUAUAUAUAUAGCGAAUGCGCUCGGUGUUUUAACUCUUAAAGGAACGGCGGGUGGGCGGGGGAGGAGGAUUUAUCAUAGGCUAGUCUCUUUUCUAAUUAUAUUUAAGAAUGUAUUUUGAUUACCCCGGGAGGUUAAGUCGUGGACGCAAUAACGGAGGGUCACUGUACGUAUUUUUUUUAUCAUUCUGUACUGUAACCAGGUUAGCGGUGUAAUACUGUUAAUAUUUUUUCUUUUUUAUUCAGAAUAAGAUAUUACACCCAAAGUACUGUGCUCUUCCGCGGUGCUUCCGUUGGGCUUCAUCUCACAUUCUGUAAUAUAUUGUAGAGAUCGCUAUAUAGGUGUAACAUAUAUGUAUUGGUCUGUGUUGAAAGCUUCUCACCUGACGGUUUUGUGCACCUCCCUCCCCUCCCCCCUCCCCCACUUUAACCUCUCCUCUCCCUCUAUCCUUCCCUCUCCCUUGCCUCCCUCCCCCCACACCCCGUUUUCUGUUCACGACAGUUUUCGACUGCACUCUGCAAUGAAGAUUGUUUGGCCUCACCAUUCAAUGUUUGGGGGCGUUUUGUCAAGGCGUCUGCGGAAUGCUCUCGCACGCAACCUUGUAUUUAAAAAGAUUUCGUGCGGCAGCGUUCGCAUUGUGACCGUGAAGGUAGACAAAAGAACAUCCGCCAUCUGCAAAAGGCAACGUGUAAUAUUUUCUAUCGUGUCGGGACGUCUUUAUUAAUUUUCAAUAUAUUUUUUUUUACCCUUCACUUUUAUUCAGCACUUCAGCCCAUUGUUUUGAAAGGUUACGAGAGCAUAUUUUUAAACCACUCAAUAUUUGGCAAUUUUAUCUCCCUGCGUUGACGACAGUUCAUACAAGAGUGAUCACUUUCUCAUACAGUUAUUAACAAUACUUACCACGACGCGCAGCCUAAUGUGGCUGUAAGAGUAAAAAUAAUUGUAUAUUUCACUCAGAGGAAUAUAACUCAUAGACCCUUAUCCUAUUUUGAUUAGAGAGAAACGCGUUCAAAAACUCUCUUCUGACGAUAGUCCAGUCAUUUUUCGUACCUAUGGGGACUGAUUCACUUAUGUAUAAUAUAUAUCAUUUUCAUUCCUCACUAUUGGAAGCUCUUUGUUGACAAUGAUCAGCUGAUUCGUAAGAUCACCUGACGAAACCACGUGACCCGGUAGCGACAAGCUUAUUGGUCGGCCGGUCGGCGUUGCCGGUUGGGAGCUGACGAGGUUUUUCGUCAUAAGUUCACAUGUAAGUUCAAAGAGAUUUUGUUAGUCAUUUUCUCGCGUGACAAAACACACAGAUCUCGGCCUCUGGCACCCCGACCUCGCCCGCUCCCGACGCGACCCCGGCCGCCGUGGCUCUGAGCUUCUUCGCUGGCCAUAGAAUAACAAUGUAUAUUUGGAAAUACUUCUUGAUGAACCAGGUUGGUGCUUACCUGGGGAUAAACUACAAUAAGCUUAUCUGUAAGAAUGCGAAAACGAACUUACUGUGACUGAUGUUAUUUAUUGUGAUUGUUAUUAUUGAUUUCGCUAUUCAUCUUUAUUAUGAGUUCAUUAUUAUUUCCAUUAUUAUUAUUAUUAUUAUUAUUAUUAUUAUUAUUUACAGUUAUGAUAAUUAUUAUUAUAAUAAUUAUUAUUAUUACCCUUAUCAUUAUCAUCUAACGAUAACUACGAUAAUUAGACACGACCGAAAAAAGUCUCUAGUAAUGUUUGCAAAUUAUCAUUUGGCUGAAGAACCAAUGACAUUUUCUCAUAAACUUAUUCUAGUCGCUGCGUGUAUGGUCGAGUGGAGGUCGAGGGGGCGGGCACAGCACCCCCCCCCUCCCUCUCGCUCUCAAGGUGACAUCUGGAUGGAUUAUUUCCCAUAGCUAGCUCAACUUUCUUUUUAUAAUAUAUAUAUAUUUUUUUCGCCUGGAAUGGAAAGCCUUUCUUUAAGUUUUGGGAACACAAUUGGCUGUUUUUUUUUUUUUUUUCAUCUAUUUCCCCCUCCCCCUUCCCCUCCCCUUACACAUACCUAUGCCCCCCCCCCCCCACCACCACCAUCACCUAAAAGAUAAAUCUAAAAAACAAAAAAACUAAAAAAAAAAAACAAUAAAAAAAAUCAUGACGUCACGAGAGCCGAACGCCCUCCGAUUGGUCGCUUUUUGGUGACGUCAUUCUAGUGUUAUUAUACCCAUUAGAUGUAAAUGGAAAUUGAAAAGAAGGACCAAAUUAUGGUGUUUUGUUUGGUUUUGUGUUUGAUGUUGCAGCUAUUCUAAUAUUAUAAGAACAUUUGUCAAUUUGUUAUUUGUUGUGCAAGUUUUAUAAUAAAUGCUACAAGUGUA